AGGAAGGGAACAGCCUUUAAAUCGUCAGCAUCCGCGCAACACAGACGACUCCCGCUUGGCUUGUACUUCCAAUUUAAUCUAGGCCUGUUAUUCCGAGUUAUUUGAGGUCGUCGUCCCUUCACAUCGUCAUGAAGCACGUUCAACGCGCUCGAGAGGGUAGCCAACAGCAAAGCCUGAGCUCUGGUAAAAAGUGCCAAAAUGUUGUCCUACUUCAUGCAUUGCAAACUAGGGGACUUGGUAGUACCUCUAGACUUGGCUCAUGAGCAGAUGAUUAGUAGAAAGGUCGAGACGUGGGGGAGAGAGAGACCUGACUUGCAGUAGCAGUUGAUGAGUAGAAAGGUCGAGAAAAGGAGUGGAGAAAGAGAGAUGUCAGACUUGCAAUCAGUCCAGUGUUGAAAGGUGGAGGCAUAACCGUGGCUGGUUUUGAUGUGAGGCAAGUAGGAGAGGCCACCUGUAAUAUGUAAUUUGAAAGCCUCGGAUUCACUUUUUAUUAGUUAUACAUGAGUACCUAAUCCCGCAGCAGUAUCACUUAACAAUUGCAUCCUCCAGUUGUUGUUGUGUAAUGCAGGAGGUUACGUGUAUGGUUAAUUUCAGUGAAUGUGAGAAGCUUUUGGUUGUGGGAUGUUUUGACCCUAACCAAAGCAGAAAAGAAAGGGUCAUGAUGAUAUGCAAAAGAAAUAUUAGAGACCUUUUAUGCCAUGUCUAGUUGUAUACGCCAUAAAUGAGAUGAGCUAACUUUUCCCCAUUUAUGGUUGAAUUAUGGUAAUGACCAGUAAAUGCUAAUCUUGAUGUGGGUUUUCGAACCAAAGGAAAGAGCAAUUAGAGAUUGUUUGAAACCUCAUCAUGAUAUGGCAGUGAUUUGAGCAUUUGCAUGAAGUGGAGAUGUUGUAGUCUGGUUGGUUCUGUACAGUGCUUACAUGUAAGAGGAGUUGGGCUGUCACCAGUACUGCGGUUGCACAGCUAUGGUGGUGGUGGUGGUCUUAACCUUUGAAAAUGAAAAGACUCCAAAAUCAGCAAAAAAGGCGGCAAAGGCAGAGGCAGCUGUGGAAACUCCCAUCAAGAUGAAAACUCCCAAGAAGGCAAAGACUCCAAAGGCAGAAGCUGCCCCAGUAGUCCCAAAGACUCCCAAAAAUAAAGUGACAGCAGCCCCGCCACAGACUGACUUUGCAAACGGAUCGCCCAACACAAAUGGCACCAACACACGCGGUGGUUUCGGAAGGGGCGGUCAACGAGGGGGCUUUAGGGGAGGCAGAGGCACCUUCGUGCGUGGCUCGUUCAGAGGACGUGGCUCAUUUGGAGGAGGACGUGGUGGGUUCAGAGGACGUGGCUCAUUUGGAGGAGGACGUGGUGGUGGCUUCAGGGGUGGGUUCAGAGGAGGCUUCAGAGGAGGAUUUGGUGGUGGGGGAUUCAGAGGAGGACGUGGUGGCAGUGGCAGAACCACAAAGCUUGUGUACCUUCACUUCGAUAAGGACGUCGACAGCAAUGUUGCCCAGGUCCUCAUAGAGAAGUUCGGUGAUGCCAGUUCAGUUUCAUUUGGAAGAGGGUUCAUAAUACAUUGCAAAGAUGAGGCCACAGCAGAGGAGAUCAAGGAGAAGGCUGCCGAAAUGACUUUUGCUGGUAUCAAACCAGUUUGGGUGAAUAACGCAUAUGACAGAUUAGACGGUGGAGAUUCACAGAAAAGAUCAAUGGCAGAUGGUGAAGGUGCUCCCAGUAAAAAACAGAAGGUUGGAAAUGCAGAACAGGAAGAGGAGGAAGAUGAUGAUGAAGAGGAAGAUGAUGAUGAAGAGGAGGAAGAAGAUGAAGAGGAACAGCUGACGACGACCAAAGGUAAAAAGGGCGCAGCAGCAGCUGCUGAGGAAGACGACGAUGACGAGGAGGAAGAUGAAGAUGACGAGGAGGAAGAUGAUGAAGACGAGGAGGAAGAUGAUGAGGAGGAGGAGGAGGAGGAGGAUGAUGAGUAGUAAUCUGUAAGGGUUUUAGUUGCGAAUGUGUUUGCGUGAAUGACAAUACUACGUUGAACUGUGUAAAUGAGAAAAAUAUAUGUAGUUUUUUGUU